GGCGGGGCUUCGCGCCAUUGCAGAGCAGGGUAGCGCUGUGGGAGGAGAGGCGGCUGUAUAGCGGCAGGAGAGAGACUAGUUGGGGCUAGAGAAGAUUAUAAGCGCCAGGGCCGCCAGUGAAGCAUGUCAGGCCGCGGCAAGUCCGGGGGGAAAGCCCGAGCCAAGGCCAAGUCCCGCUCCUCCAGAGCCGGCCUUCAGUUCCCCGUAGGCCGCGUCCAUCGGCUGCUCCGGAAGGGGAAUUACGCGGAGCGCGUAGGGGCCGGGGCCCCGGUAUACCUGGCCGCCGUGUUGGAGUACCUGUCCGCCGAAAUCCUGGAGUUGGCCGGGAACGCUGCCCGGGAUAACAAGAAGACGCGCAUCAUCCCCCGGCACCUGCAGCUGGCCAUCCGGAACGAUGAGGAGCUCAAUAAGCUGCUGGGAGGGGUCACCAUCGCCCAAGGGGGGGUCCUGCCCAACAUACAGGCCGUGCUGCUCCCCAAGAAGACCCAGACAUCCAAAAAAUGAGCCUCCGAAAAUUGGGGUCCCCCCAACUGCUGUUAGUGCAGUUCAGCAGCAGCUGGAGAGCUCCUACGUUACGACCCCUUUCUUCAGCAAUGGGUGAAGGAGGCCCUAGUGGGUGCUGUACAUUCAUGUUGGACAGGUGGCCCUCCAGCUGUGGCUGAACUGCUUCAUGCUGUCUUAGGGUAGGAGCUGGCUGAGAGUUGUAGUUCAGCCAUAGCUGAAUGGCCGCUGGUUAAUCACCCCAACCCUUGUCUUAAAGGAACAGUAACACCAAAAAAUGAGUGUAUAAAAGUAACUAAAA